AUGACCCGACCUGGCAUGACACAUGAGAAAGAGACAUUCAAAUCCGCGGAUCCUGUCAUUCCCUCGUGCCUGAUGCCCGGAUGGUCGCUCUUUGCUGCCAACGGACGCGAGACCAAGGAAGAUGAUGGGAACAGACGGUAUGGUUACAUACAAGAAAAACGAGAAAAGGGAAUGGGGAGAGAGAUGAUAGGAUAUCCAGCAUUCAAAUCAAACAGGUAA